AGAAAGAUGAGUGAAUCUGACGGAAGACCUGGAGGCUAUAGUAAUCUCCAAGAGGCAGAGACAAAACCGUUUACUGAGGAGUCGGAUCGUCCUAACGAAAACUGUAAAGAACCGGUUAAAGCGAAACGCGUUCCAUUUCUAAAACGAAUUCUAGCAUGGAGGAAAUACAUAAUACUGAUCAUGACGCCGAUACUACUGAUGCCUUUACCCAUCGCUGUGAGAGGAACGGAGUCCCGCUGUGCGUACUGUAUCCUGAUCAUGGCGGUGUACUGGGUGACAGAGGUUGUGGAGUUGGCCGUCACAGCUCUUCUCCCAUUGGUUCUUUUCCCCUUAUUUGGAGUCCUGGGCUCUAAAAAAGUCUCCACUCCUUACUUCAAAGACACAAAUGUUCUGUUUUUCGGCGGCCUCGUCGUAGCUGUGGCUGUUGAACAGUGGAACUUGCACAAGCGGAUCGCUCUUCGUGUUCUCUUGCUGGUCGGAGCUCAGCCACGACGGUUAAUGCUUGGUGUUAUGCUAACCACGUCAUUUCUGUCCAUGUGGAUCAGCAACACAGCUACCACUGCCAUGAUGGUACCGAUUGUCGAAGCAGUGUUGGGAGAAAUAAAAAACGAAAAUAUAAAAAUUCGGCCAGAGAAUAACAGCAUUGACAACGAACAGGAAAAUGACAAUGCUUCCUUGGAACUUAGCGACAGGAGCAAAGUCAAAGAAGAAGACAAUACGGUCGGAGUCCAGGAACAUAAAAUAACAAAAGAAUUGGGCGAAGAUGAAACUGACCUCUGUGCUAAGAGAGAAGACAGAAUGGCUGCUGUAAACUUAUUGGAAGGAGACGAGGAAGCUAACGAAGCAGAAACUCAAUACUUCAACAGACUCUGCAAGGCAAUGAUGUUAGCUGUGGCUUACGCUGCAAACAUUGGUGGUACAGCCACCCUGACAGGCACUGGUCCAAAUUUGGUGUUUGGUGGACAGGCAGGCCUUCUUUUUCCGAAAAGCGGAGGAUUUAGCUUUGCCUCAUGGUUCGGUUAUGCUUUCCCUCAAAUGGUGAUUCUUCUGUUUGUGGCCUGGAUCUGGAUUCAGUUACUGUUCCUUGGUUUUAAUUUCCGCAAGUGUUUCCACAAGUCUUCAGGUGGGCGGGAGAAAGAUAGCCGAUCAACUCAAGCAAUUAGACAGGUUCUGGUGGAUCAGUACAGAGCACUGGGACCGAUGUCGUUUGCCGAGAAAGCCGUCCUUGGCCACUUCAUCCUUUUAGCCUUGCUGUGGCUUUUUCGUGAACCAAAAUUUAUGAAAGGAUGGUCAAUAAUAUUUGAGAAGGGUUACGUUCGGGAUGCCACAGCUGCUAUGUUCGUGGCCUUUUGUCUGUUUGUGUUCCCUUCACAAAAACCUGUGAUCUUUACCCCUGAUGGGUCAGUGAGAAAGCCUCCACCCGGUCUCUUGCAGUUUAAGACGAUGUCUAAAAGGUUUCCAUGGCACCUUGUCAUGCUGCUUGGAAGUGGAUUUGCUCUGGCGGAAGCUUGUAAAGUUUCAGGUCUGUCUGAGUGGGUUGGUGCCCAGCUAAGGCAACUUGAUGCCAUUCCAAGUUACGCUAUCGUGAUGUGUGUCUGUAUCAUGAUCACCACAUUCACUGAAUUCACUUCUAACGUAGCAACAGCCACCAUUUUUCUACCUAUACUGGCCUCCUUGGCAAAAGCGAUCAAGGUUCAUCCCUGGUACAUCAUGAUUCCUGCUACAAUUUCUUGCUCGUUCGCUUUCAUGUUACCAGUUGCCACACCUCCAAAUGCCAUCGUGUUUGCCGGCGGACAUCUUAAGGUUAAGGACAUGGCAAAAGCAGGUUUGGGAAUGAAUCUCCUGGCAGUAAUAGUGCUGGUGAUCUGUAUGAACACGUACGGAGUACCAAUGUUCGACCUGCAUGACUUCCCAGACUGGGCUGGAAGCAUCGGUGCAAUCAGUGCUACUGCCACUCCGACUCCCUCUAGCAAUUUCACAUCGCUAUGCCUUAACUUCACAUCUUCGUAACUUUGGGUUCGCCCGUAAUUUGACAACUUUUAGAUUAAGGAGUUAGCAACCGUAGGUUUGCAGGGGUCUCUUUCCUUCCU